UUCUGCUCAUAAUACAAAUUAUGUUCGUAAACUCCAAGGAAAUCUAAAGACUUUGGAGACUUCAUUUAAUUCAUUAAGAUGUCAAAGAGAUGAUGUGAAUAGAAGAAUUGAGAUGGCGGAGUCAAACCCAACUAAACCAGCGAAGCGGACAAAUGUGGUUAGUGAUUGGCUCCAAAGGGUACAAGCCUUAGAGACAGAAUUACAAGCAAUCUUAGACGAAAAUGAAGCUAUCAAGAACGGUCGAGGAUGCUAUCUUUGUUCUUGGGAAAAAUUGUUGGGGUGCUUACAAACUUGGAAAAUUAGUGCUCCGGAAGCAGACUGUUGUGGAGAGUUUGUUAAAAGAUGGCGAUUUCCAAGAUGUCGCUUAUACAUGUCAACCGGAUCCUCUUCAACAGAUCCCCACCGUGCAAGUUGUGGGCAUGGACGCAAAAUUUAAUGAGGUAAUGGAUUCGUUGGUUACUGAUGGAAAUGAUGUACGACUUAUAGGUUUGUAUGGAAUGGGAGGAGUCGGAAAGACAACUCUUUUGCAGAAGGUUCAUAAUGAAGUUGCCGAAAGAAAACUAUUUGACUUAAUAAUUUUUGUUGUGGUGUCUAAAGAUUUGGACUUAAAAAGUAUCCAAAACCAGAUUGGAAGGAAACUAGGAGUCUCAUGGGCAGAAGAAACUAAAAUAAAUGAGAGAGCUAUAGAUAUAUUCGAGUUGUCAAAACAUAAGAAAUUUUUGCUGUUGUUGGAUGACAUUUGGGAAGGAAUUGACUUAGAAACAAUUGGAGUUUCAAAGGAUACCUUCCAAACAAGUGGGUCUAAGGUAGUUUUCACGACAAGAGAUAAGCAAGUUUGCGGGUUUAUGGAAGCCGAUAAAAGAAUCAAAAUAAAGUGUCUCGACGAGGAUCAAGCUUGGAGCCUAUUUCAACAGAAGGUUAAGCAAGAAGCCCUAAGUUGUCAUCCAGAUGUACCUGACGUUGCCAAAAAAGUUGCGAAAGAAUGUUGUGGUUUACCUUUAGCCCUUAUUGCUAUUGGUCGAACUAUGUCUAGCAAAACCGAUCUCCAACAGUGGCAACACGCACUACAUACUCUACACGAAUCGGCAUCAAAAUUUAGUGGUAUGGCCGAUAAAGUAUUAGCUAUUUUGAAGUUCAGCUAUGAUAAUCUAGAAAACCACAAGUUAAAGUCAUGUUUCUUGUAUUGUUCGUUAUAUCCAGAAGACCAUUCGGUUUUAAAAUACGAACUUAUUGCAGUUUGGGUAGGUGAAGGUUUUUUGGAUAACGUCGAUGAUUAUGUCAAAGCUCAAAAUGAAGGUCACGAUGUGAUUAGAUGUCUUAAAGAUGCGUGCUUGUUAGAAACUGGAAUUGUGCUUGGGGUAAAGAUGGAGUAUCUGGUAAAAAUGCAUGAUGUAGUUCGUGAUUUGGCAAUUUGGGUAGUUUCAGAUCUUGGGAGGAAUAAAAGCACGAGUCUAACCUUGCAAGCACAAAGCACACUAGAUCUCCAUGAAUGGAUGAAAGCAGAGAGGAUCUCUUUGAUAGACAAUAGAGCAAUUCAAAUACUUAAUGGAGCACCAAAAUGCUCGAAUCUCUUAACUUUGUUCCUUCAAAGUAGCAAUAUCUCUGUUAUAUCUGAUGAGUUUUUCCGUUUCAUGCCCAUGCUCAAAGUCUUAAAUAUGUACUGUGUGAAACUCAAAAAUCUCCCGACAAGCAUGUUUUCACUAUCGAAUUUACAAUCCUUGUAUAUGCCGGAAUAUGAAGAAGAUAUCGUUCUACCACCGGGGAGUAUAGCUUCUCUUACAAAGAUGAAGAUCUUAUGCUUAUCUGAAUCUUGUAGUCGCUGGGAAGUAGAAGGUGGACCAAGCCUCUGUGAACUAGAAAGCUUACAGCAUCUGAUAGGUCUUGUCAUCACAAUAGGAACUGGUCUUGCUCUUCAAAGGUUGGUAACUAGUCCAAAACUUCAGCUGUGCACAAAAUUCUUAGUCAUUAAAUAUUGUCCAGGCAUUACAUCCCUCACAUUUUUACCAUCGUCACUGGGGUCGCCACUUAGUCUUGUACACAUGAGCCGCUUAAGCUACCUUUCUCUGAAAAACUGUGAUGAAUUGGAAGAGUUGAGGAUUAUUAGUCGGGACAGAGUUAGUUUGUUCACAAUCUUGGAGGAUUUAUUCUUUUCUUCCAUGCCAAAAUUAAGGAUAGUAUGGGAUGUACCGCAGGCAUCAUUCUGCUCUGUCAACCUUAAACGUGUAAUCAUUAGAGGUUGUCCUCAGUUGAAGGAUAUUACAUGGCUGAUCUAUGCUCAGAAUCUUAGAGAACUUAUCUUGGAGAAUUUAGAUGGAUUGGAGGAGAUAAUAUCUAAUGGAUUUGCAGCCCAGGAGCAGUUAAUAAAUACGUUUUCCAAAUUAAACUAUUUGGUAUUGCGCUCUGUAAGGAAUCUAAAAAGGGUAUGUGACCAAAAUGUGAAAUUCUUUCUUUUGGAAAAGAUUUCUGUGGUGGGAUGUCCAGCAUUGAAGAAGUUACCGUUUAGCGCCAAUAGCAUGAUUCCCCGGACUUUGAACAUGAUACAAGGAGAGAAACAAUGGUGGGAAAGCCAAGAAUGGGAAGAUGAAGCCACCAAAUGUAAUCUUGCUCCUUGUUUUCGUGAAAUUUAAUUUUAACCUGCCAAUAUGUAUCAGCUAGUCGUUUAAUUUUAAUAUUAAGUUUCAAUUGUAGUAGUUUUUUAUAUUUUGUAGU